ACCGCGCGCCCGGCGGGCGACGAGGCUUCGCGGGAAGGCGGGCUCCCUGGCGGCGAGGCCCAGCGAUGAGCGCUUCUGAGGCGGCCGCAGGUGAGGAGGAUGGUGGGGAGCCCGAGGACGAAGGGGAAGAGGAGGAGGAGGAGGAGGAGGAGGACGAUGCGGACGCCGAGACCGCGCCGGGUGGGCGGAAGGUCCGUGGUGGGCGGAAAGCCCGGGGUAGGCCGCGCCUCACCGACUCCGACCGGGUACGACGGCGCCUCGAAUCCCGCAAGAAGUACGACGAGCGGCGAGUCUACCUGGGCGAGGCUCACGGCCCGUGGGUGGAGCUGAGGCAGCGCAGUGGCUGGAGUGACGCCAAGCUGGCGGCUUAUUUGCUGGAGCUGGAACGAGGAGGACGGCGGGCCGGGCGCCGCGGAAAACCAUGGGAGCAGAUCCCUUAUGAGCCACAGCGAAAGAAAAGAAGAAGGCGAAAUGUGAACUGCUUGAAGAACACAAUCAUCUGGUAUGAAGAUCACAAGAAUCGCUGCCCUUAUGAGCCUCAUCUCUCUGAGCUGGAUCCCAACUUUGGGAGGUACACCACAGCUGUGUGGCAGUGUGAAGCAGGGCACCGCUAUUUCCAGGACUUACACUCACCACUUAAACCACUCAGCGAUUCUGAAAAUGAAUGUGACAUUGUUGCCAAUGGCGCUGGAGCUGGAAGCUCUGAGUCUUCAGAAGAGAGCUCUAACUCUGAGACAGAGGAACAGUUGGAGAAUCAGAGAGACAAGCGCCAGGUUCAACAAUCCUCAGCAAAGGCAGAAGGAGAAAAGGCCAGUGGCCUCAUCACACAGGACGGCAUCCAUAUUCCGUUUGAGAACUUACGAGAAGAACAGGGUGCCAGCACGUGCCACAAUCCACCCCUCAAUGGACCGGAGACGAUGGAAACUGUGGUGUGCAUGCCAGUACCCAUGCAAAUGGGCCCAGGUCAUGGAGCCCUGUUUGGGAACGUUGGAGAAGUAGUAGCCAGCUGCCCUGUGCAAGGUUCACAGGUGAUCAUCAUUGCUGGGCCGGGCUAUGGUACUCUCACAGCGGAAGGAAUCCAGCUUAAUGUCGCCAGCGCAGGAGAAGAGGAGCUGCCUUGUGCUAUGAUAGAGGGUGUAGCAACUUAUACUCAGGCAGAGCCUGAGAACGGACAGCAGAGUAGCAUGGAAAACAUGGAGUACAUCAAAACGAAAAAAGAAAAUAAGGCAUUCUUUAAACUCAAAAAAGAAGAGCGUCAUCCUCCAUCAGAAACAGAAGCAUCCUGUGACUCAAAACCAACCCAUGAGAGCAGAGAGCAGGAACCAGAGCCUGAACCUGAGGAGGACCCUGUUGGAAACAACGUGUCAUCCAUUAUUUAUGAGAUUCCAAAGGAGCCUGAAAAGAGGCGGCGGAGCAAAAGAAGUCGUGUCAUAGAUGCAGAUGGCAUGUUGGAGAUGUUCCACUGUCCUUAUGAAGGAUGCACCCAAGUCUAUGUAGCACUUAGUAGCUUCCAGAAUCAUGUUAAUCUUGUUCAUCGGAAAGGAAAAACGAAGGUGUGCUCACACCCAGGAUGUGGCAAAAAGUUUUACCUAUCUAAUCAUCUCCGAAGACACAUGAUAAUCCAUUCAGGAGUCCGUGAAUUUACCUGUGAGACUUGUGGAAAAUCCUUCAAGCGGAAAAACCAUCUGGAGGUCCAUCGUCGAACACAUACGGGAGAGACACCUCUCCAGUGUGAGAUUUGUGGCUAUCAGUGCCGUCAGAGGUCUUCUCUCAACUGGCAUAUGAAGAAGCACACUUCAGAAGUCCAAUACAACUUCACUUGCGAACACUGUGGCAAACGUUUUGAGAAGCUCGACAGUGUCAAGUUCCACAAACUCAAGAGCCACCCAGAUCAUAAGGCUGCCUGACCCUCAUCACGAAUCACGAAUCACUUUAAUUAUUGUUCCUCCAAAUACCUAAACCGGUCGAGCGCAUGUCUUACGUAGUCACAGCUGAAGACGUGUGUGCUAGCCAUAGCACAAGGGUCCAUUCCUCUGGUUAGAAUGAGAUGAAGUAGUGUUUUCUUUUUAAAGGCCAGAUGAUGACUGAUAAAAACUUGAAGUUUGAUGUGCAAGUGUGCUCUGGGUGUUCUGACAGCGUAAACUUAAAACAUAACUGGAGAUUAUGGUGCUAAACUGUCCUGUUUCUUAAGGGGAAAAGAACAGCGGAAGCAACAGCCAAGAAUCAUCUUACCCAAUUAAAGUAUCUGUACUUUGCUGGCAGUUCCUACAUUUUAGCCACCUGAUACUUGAUCUGAAGGAGGAGUGCAGCAUGAAAAGUCUACUUGCAUAUCAUUUAACUAUGGAGAGACCCCUUCCAAUGUAUAUCUGCAGGUCUAACUGAAGUGAAUGUUUUGUAUCUAUUGGCAACAGUUGAAAGAACAAUAUUGGCUGAUACACAUUAAUUCAGUUUCCUUGAAACAGACGGUUGAACGUUGUCAUAUAUUGGCCCAAGCAUGGUUCUGUUUCAGGAACUAUUUUCCCUUUCAACAUUCAGGGCUAUUGCAUUUGAAGACAAUCCAGAGUUGGUGUUUGUACCUGUUUUCUUGAAAUAUUGGUGUUAUAUAAAGCACAGAUUCUGAUCCUG